GGUAGAAGAGAGUUAUGGAUAUGGAAGUCACAGGAAAUGAUUCACUUGUGUCUAGGUUUGUCCUGCUGGGUCUCACAGAGACUCCGACCCUACGGCCCAUGCUCUUUGUCAUCUUCCUGCUUGCGUAUGUUGCUACUCUUGGUGGCAACUUCAGCAUCCUGGCUGCUAUCCUUAUUGAACCCAAACUCCACACCCCCAUGUACUUCUUCCUGGGAAACUUGUCUAUGCUGGAUGUUGGAUGCAUCAGUGUCACUGUCCCUGCCAUGUUGAAGCAUUUCCUAUCCCGUGACAGAAGCAUCCCCUAUAGGGCCUGCCUCUCACAGCUUUUCUUCUUCCACCUCCUUGCUGGAGCAGACUGCUUCCUGCUGACUGUCAUGGCCUAUGACCGCUAUCUGGCCAUCUGCCAACCCCUCACCUACAGCACCCGCAUGAGCUGGGGGAUCCAGAAGGCCUCAGUGGCCCUGUCAUGUGUCUUUUCUUUCAGCAAUGCAUUGACCCAAACUGUUGCUUUGUCUACUCUUAAAUUCUGUGGCCCCAACGUGAUCAAUCACUUCUACUGUGACCUCCCCCAGCUCUUCCAGCUCUCCUGCUCCAGCAUCCAACUUAAUGAGCAGCUGCUCUUUGUAGCAGCAGCCUUCAUGGGUGUGGUUCCCUUGGUCCUCAUCACAGUAUCAUAUGCCCAUGUGGUAGCUGCUGUACUGAGAAUCCGCUCUGCUGAGGGCAGAAAGAAGGCCUUCUCCACGUGUAGCUCCCACCUCACUGUGGUGGGCAUCUUCUAUGGAACAGGUGUCUUCAGCUACAUGAGACUAGGGUCAGUGGAGUCCUCAGAUAAGGACAAGGGCAUUGGCAUCCUCAACACUGUCAUCAGCCCUAUGCUGAAUCCACUCAUCUACAGCCUCAGGAAUCCUGAUGUGCAGGGCGCCCUGCGGAGGGUACUCACAGGGUGGUAGUUCCCAAGUGAUACUUCCUUCUUCUGGCCUUAAC